UCAACCGCAACAACCAAUACACCAUGGGAGGAGAAACACAUCUCAAGAUGGGCCCCUCGCCCACAUACCCGAAGCUUGCAGCUGGUCCUGUAGGCAAGAAGAUCCACAACAUCUACGCUGACCGGCUGCGUAUGUUCAUGAGCGACGGCCAGUACAGAGAGCAGAACCUCCCGCCGAAGAUCAUUGACGCUAGUGCCUCUGGCGCUGAAUGGAUCAAGCUCUCCGUAUACUCCCCGCCCGACCUCUCGCGCCCGACCUUCAAAGAAGCCACCUCGCAUGAUUUCACACCCACGAGCGUCGGCAAAGCAUUCGGCCCCAGUUGGUCGACGCAUUGGUUCCGCAUCCAAUUGACCGUGCCGAAGGAGCUCAAGGACAAGGAGCAUCUCGAGUUCCGGUGGGAUGCGAACAACGAGGGCUUGAUUUGGACCGAGUCUGGCGACGUUAUCCACGGCCUAACUGGCGGUGGGGAGAGAGUGGAAUGGGUGCUCCCGGAGUCAUACAGAGAUGGGAAGGAGCAUGUCUUUUACAUCGAGAUGGCGUGCAACAAGAUGUUUGGGAAUGCGCCCGGCGGAGACUCGAUUCAGCCUCCAAGUUCGGAUACCUACUUCCAGCUGCAUACGGCUGAUAUUGUGGCUAUCAAUCUUGAAGCUCGAGGACUUUACUUUGAUUUCUGGGAGAUCGGAGAUGCGUCUCGAGAGUUCCCAGGCGACUCAUGGGAGUCCCACAAAGCUGGUGUGAUUGGCAACUCCAUUAUGGACACUUUCAUUGCUGGCAAUGGAAGCAAUGAAGCCAUCAAGGAGUGCCGGAAGAUCGCCCGGAAGUACUUGGGUGACAAAGUCGACUCUGAAAAGGUCUACGGCGGCGACCAAGAAGCUAUCGUCAGCGGCAUUGGACACUGCCACAUCGAUACCUGCUGGCUGUGGCCAUGGGCGGAAACGAAGCGCAAAGUCGCACGCUCGUGGUCGAACCAAUGCGACCUCAUUGAUCGGUACCCCGAGCUACGGUUCUGCGCUUCGCAGGCACAGCAGUACAAAUGGCUGGAGACGCUGUACCCGGGAGUCUUUGACCGCGUGAAGCAAAAGGUCAAAGAAGGCACAUUCCAACCUAUUGGAGGCAGCUGGGUGGAGCACGACACGAACAUGCCUAGCGGAGAAUCGCUCGUCCGUCAAUUCGUGGCUGGACAACGCUUCUUCGAGAGUCGUUUUGGCCAGCGAUGCAAAACCUUCUGGCUUCCGGACACAUUUGGGUACUCCACUCAGCUACCACAAAUCUGCCAGCUGGCUGGUAUGAGCAGGUUCUUCACACAGAAGCUGAGCUGGAACAACAUCAACAACUUCCCCCACACGACCUUCAACUGGGUUGCUCUCGACGGUAGUCAGGUCAUCUGCCAUAUGGCUCCAUCCGAGACCUACACCGCAGAGGCUAACUUUGGGGAUGUCAAGCGUAGUGUCACGCAGCACAAAUCGCUAGACCAAGAUCACACGUCGCUUCUUGUCUUUGGCAAGGGUGACGGUGGAGGAGGACCAACCUACCAGCACAUUGAAAAGUUGCGACGAUGCAGAGGCAUCAGCGACAAGGUAGGCCUUUUGCCUCGCCUCAAGCUUGGCGGCUCUGUAGACGACUUCUUCGAUAAGUUAGAAAAGAAGAUUGAAGAUGGUACUGAUUUGGUCACCUGGUACGGAGAGCUCUAUUUCGAGCUUCAUCGUGGGACAUACACCACACAGGCAAACAACAAGCGAAACAACCGAUAUUCGGAGAUUUUGCUUCAUGACCUUGAGUACCUAGGUACCCUUGCAAGCAUCAAGGAUUCAGAGUAUAAAUACCCGAAAUCAGAGAUCGAUGAGAUGUGGGAAAAUGUCUUGCUCUGCCAAUUCCACGAUUGUCUACCGGGCAGUUCUAUCGAAAUGUGCUAUGACGACUCAGAUGAGCUAUACGCAAAGGUCUUCGCUACAGGUGAAAAACUCCUGAAGGGUGCCAUGAAAGCGCUCGGCUUUGGCCAUCCCAAAGAAACAACGACAGGAAAACUGAUUGGACUAAACACCCUCCCCUGGUCUCGUACAGAGCUGGUCAAACCUGCGAACGUGCUCGAACCUUACCAUCUCGUCAACGGCGACGGCAUACUAGACGUCCGCCCCAUGCUCUCCGCCUACCCCGCUACCUCCGCCUCCAUCAAAGAAACUAGCCAGGGCGUUUAUGAACUCUCUAACAGUCAAUUCAAAGUCGAAGUCUCCGACGGCGUCAUCACUUCCCUCUACGACCUCGCUGCCAAGCGCGAAGUCAUCCCCAAAGGCAAAAAGGGCAACCAGCUGGUCAUCUUCGACGACAAGCCGCUCUACUGGCAAGCAUGGGACGUCGAAGUCUACCACCUCGACUCGCGGAAGGAACUACACGCCGCCAAAACCUCCAUCACCGAGUCCGGCCCGCACCGCGCCUCCGUCGAGGUUGAAACGAAGAUCAGCGAGCACAGCUGGAUCAAAACCACCAUCUCGCUCGCCGCAGCCAUCGGCGACAACCCUAGCUACGUCGAAAUGAGCAGCGAAGUCGAGUGGCGCGAGACAAUGAAGUUCCUGAAAGUCGAGUUCCCAGUGGACAUCGUGAACCAAGAAGCCUCUUACGAGACUCAAUUCGGCAUCGUGCGCCGCCCAACCCAUUACAACACGACGUGGGACAUGGCCAAGUUCGAGGUGUGCUGCCACAAGUGGGCGGAUCUGAGCGAGGCCGGGUACGGCGUGAGUAUCCUGAACGAGUCGAAGUACGGGUUUGCGACGUGUGGGGAUUUGAUGCGGUUGAGUUUGCUGCGAGCGCCGAAAGCUCCAGAUGCGCAUGCUGAUAUGGGCCGCCACCACAUCCGCUACGCUAUCCUCCCGCACACCGGCCCCCUCUCCACCCUGACCAUCCGCACCGCCCGUGCCUUCAACUCCCCGCUGCACCUCGGCACGCACGCCUCCCCCGCUAGCAUCGCGCCGCUGCUCUCCUCCCUCCGUAUCUCGGGCGCCGACAACCUCGUCCUCGAUACCGUGAAGCGCGGAGAGGAUGACAAAGAUAUGCCGUCUAUCGGCCUACCGCUGCGGAAAGAUCGCAGCGUUAUUGUACGCAUGUACGAUGCGAUGGGUGGGAAGAGCAGGGGCGUCCUGAGUUGGGGCGUGUUGGACGUGAAGAGGGUGGAGAAGUGUAAUGUGCUUGAGGAUGACGGCGAGGAGAUCAGCAUUGUGGAGACCGAGGUGCUGGUCGACGGGGAGAGGACGAGUAAGGGGGUUGAGAUUGAGGUGAGAGCCUUUGAGGUGGCGACGUAUCGGUUGGUUUUGGCGGAUUAGGUUGUGCUGGGGGAGGGUGUAGAUAUGAGGAAGCUAAACUCCGACCAAUGUGCCAUGCUACUCUAUCACAACUACUUUGCAGCCUGGCCCAACCCGCCUAUAAUCGACCCCAUACUAUAUCUACUUGAAACGCAUAUACAAGCCUCUCCGCCAACUUUUAACGAAUACGGUCCAGCCUCGCACGGUUCAUAGCAAUCUGAUCAUCCACCUUAUCCGUCUUCCCAAUAAUCCUCUCAAUAUGCCUAUUCUGUGUA